AAUUGAAAUUUCACAUGCAUCGUCUCUUCUCCCUCUCAAAGAUCUCACCGCUAUACCUGUUUUCUAUCUCUUUCAAAUCUCACAAGAAAACCACCUGAACAAACCUACCCCUCUCUUUUCUUUCAUCUUUUUCCCCAAACAUUACACUUCCAUUAUAAGCAAAAGCUCCCAAAACUGGAAAAAGAAGCAAACCCAUUUCGAGAAAUCAAGAAUUUCCCAAAACCCAUUUCAAGAUUUUAGCUUUCAUGGCUCAAGUACAAGUAAAGGUUCAAUUCCCACUGGACUCGGACUCGUACAAAAUCCUAGAGGAGAUUGGUGUUGGUGUUAGUGCUAUAGUUUACAAAGCAAUAUGCAUUCCUAUCAAUUCAACUAUAGUCGCAAUAAAGUCCAUUGAUCUUGAUCAAUCUAGAGCAGAUUUUGACAAUCUUAGAUGGGAAACCAAGACUAUGUCUCUUCUUUCACACCCAAACAUCCUCAAAGCUCAUUGUUCUUUCACCGUUGGCCGCCGUCUUUGGGUGGUUAUGCCUUUCAUGUCAGCCGGUUCUCUACAAUCCAUAAUCUCAUCUUCUUUUCCUGACGGUUUAUCAGAGCCAUGCAUUGCUAUAGUUCUUAAAGAAACCCUGAACGCAUUGUCAUAUCUUCACAGACAAGGCCACCUGCAUAGAGAUAUCAAGGCAGGAAAUAUUCUAAUAGACUCAAAUGGUCAGGUUAGGCUCGCUGAUUUUGGCGUGUCAGCCUCUAUUUACGAGUCGAUCACCGGACAACAAGGUCGGUCUUCCUCAGCUGGUUCAUCGAGAUUAAUGCUUACUGAUGUUGCAGGAACACCAUAUUGGAUGGCGCCUGAAGUUAUACAUUCCCAUACUGGGUAUAGUUUCAAGGCUGAUAUAUGGUCUUUUGGUAUUACUGCGUUGGAAUUAGCCCACGGUUGCCCUCCUUUGUCUCAUCUUCCUCUUUCGAAAUCUUUGAUCAUGAAGAUAACGAAAAGAUUCCGGUUCUCUGAUUAUGAGAAACAGAAGAAAGAUAAGAGCAAGAAGUUCUCUAAGUCUUUUAAAGAUCUGGUUGCUUCUUGUCUUGAUCAAGAUCCAUCAAAAAGACCCUCUGCUGACAAGCUGUUAAAGCAUCCCUUUUUCAAGAAUUGUAAGGGUUUGGAUUUUCUUGUCAAGAAUGUGUUGCAUGGAUUGCCAAAUGUUGAAGAUAGGUUUAAAGAAAACAAGGCCAUACAUGGGAUAGACAAAGGUAGUGAUAUUGGAGAUCAAGAAACUGAAAAUCUUGAAGAAAUUGUGAAGAUCAGGAGAAUCAGUGGAUGGAACUUCAAUGAAGAGGGUUUUGAGCUUGACCCAGUAUUUCCUGCAGGAUCAAUAGAUGAUUCAAUUGUGAAGCAGGUCCGUUUUGGAGGUGAAACUGUCAUUCAAGACAGGAAAAUUGAGCUGAGCGAGUCAGUCGAUUCUGGUGAGUCAAGUAGGAGCUUACCUGCUUCAAUUGGAGAGGAAAUCCAGGUGACGAGUAAUGCUCGGGGUGAAGAUGGAAAUGGAGACGGAGACAGAGAAAUCGACAAGGAAGCAAUGCUAGGUGGGUUAAUGACGUUAAAGAAGAGUUUGGAUGAGCAAAGGCAGAAGGUAAUAAAUCUAAUUGUGCUGUUAGGAGGAGAAGUGUCUAGAGAAGAACAAUUAAUGCAAGUGAUUGAGAGGUUGAGGAUGGAAUUGGAGAUUGAGAAGCAGAAGAAGUCUGAGAUAGAAAUGGAAUUGGAGUUUCUCAAGCUUUUAGUUUCUGGUGCAUAUAAUGGCAGUGGUUCUGAAUGAUAGUGCGUAGUCCCUAUUAGUGGUUUGGUUUACUUAGUACGAUAAAAGCUAAUAGCUUUCCUAAACAUUUUCCCAAAUUUUUUACCUAGUUAAUGGCUCUUAUUAAUGUUCUUAACAAUUUCAUUGAAAUGGUUCUGUUUGUUGUCUUCGAAUUCAACUGUCAGUUACUCUUGCUAGUAUCACUAAUGCUCAAUUCUUAAAUCAUUUUUUUUCU